ACGCUUGUAUAAUGAUUUAGAGGAAAAGAAAAAUUAUAGAAUAAUAAUUAUUUAAAAAAAAAUUAAUAAUUAAAAUUCUGUAUAAUAGUGAAAGUGUUAAAUAGUUAAAAUUGCAUACAUUUUUAUAUGUGGAUUUAUAAAAAAAUUCAUUAUUUAUCUUUACUGUUACCAAUAAUUCAAAAAGUGUUAUGAAAAAUAUACAAAAUUAAACAAGAAAAUUGUUUUGAAAAGUGUUAUGCAAAAAUAUUUUUCAUAUAUUAAGUUCGCUUGAAACCACCAGCAACUAACUCUCACUAUACUGUCAAAAGACUCCCCUACGAAAAUAACAACAAUAAUUACAAAUAGACUACCCAAUUGUUAAUAAAUAGUCGUCUACCCCACCAGCAAACAAUUCUGUUGUUGUACCAAUUUCAACGCCCCCGAAAACUACAUUCAUAAAAAAGAACAACAACAUAUUCAUCCUGUCUCUUUACUACGGCCUACAUACUAAGUAACUGUCGUCUGAGUUGUUCGUGAGUUCGUUGUUUUCGUGUUUUCAUUAAUUUUAGUACCAAUUUUCUUUUGCUCUCUUUUAAUAUGCACGUAAAACAGUGAGAGUAUUUUUUUUGUCCUCGCAAAAAUCGUUUAACAGGUUUUUUGUUGUUUUUCCAAUUUUAACUUUUAUACAAUGCGAUAUGUUCUAAAAAAAGUGAAAGUGUUCACAGUGUCAACAAAAUAAAUAAACAAACAUCAAAAAAAAAAACUAUAAAGAAAAAGUCCUUGUUUAAAAAGAAACAACAAUUUUGAAAUAUAAAUUUAAUACAAAUUUAAUAGAAUGUAUAUUAUAUAAACAACUCACACGUAUUAAUAUUUGAAACAACACACACAAAACUACUUAUGUGCUCCAUCAACUGCUUCCAUUUAUUGUUUGCGUUUUUUUUUUUGCAGUAACAACUGCUGAUGCUGUUAUAUAAGCUUCCAUUUAAUGUGCGUUGUGUACCAUUAAAGGAGAACAAACCCACUUAAUUAAAUAAAUAAAGUAUUUAAUUCCAUAUGUGUAUCAGUGGCUUUAAGAAGUUGUAAUUGAGUAAAUCAAAAGGAGUUUAUUUUGGAUAUAAACAUGUUUUAAGAAUAUAAUUAAAGAGAUAAUCACAAUGGAUGUCUUAAAAUAAAAAGCAUCUUUUAAACUUUAUAAUAAAACAAUAAAAACCUAUCACAGAAUAAUAAAUGCACCUGUCUAGAUGUAACAGCACUUGAAAAAUAUUUAAGAAAACUGUAAGCACCAUCACAAUUAAUCGAUAGAUUAAGCACUCAGAAAAAAAAAGAAAUAUCGCACAUAACACAUAUAUAGAAAUAAAACCGCCCCAGUCAUAAUAGAAAAACGAAAAAAAUAUUGCUUAACUUAUUUUUAAAUCCUUCAUAAUAUUACGAAAAAAAACUGAAACGAAAAUUCAUUAUCAACACAAACAACAACCACAACAAAAAUGGCAAAUACAGCACAGUUAUUAAGACGACAAAGCUCCAGGGAUAUUAUAUUAAAAACACAAAAGAGUCUUGAUCAACAUGAAUUAAGAGAGUUACGUGGCCGUCUAGUAUCACAACAUAGUACAACAAGCAUAGGUAGUGGAUCGCGUAGUCAUCAUCAUGGUCCUCAUCAUCAUCACACCCCCAUGUAUGGGGCAACAAAUCAAGCAUUUAUGUCAGAUGCCUUCGAUGAAUCAUCAGAAUUGGAAGAAACAGAAGCGCAGAGUAGUAGUAAAGCCGUUGCUGAAUUGGUGGCUGCCAUCGAAAGUGCACCAGUUGAUAUUGUGGAGGGCGAAAAGGAGGGGGAGGAACGUGAAAGUUGGGAUAGUAAAAUAAUGUUUUUACUAGCGACAAUAGGUUAUGCCGUUGGCCUUGGAAAUGUUUGGCGUUUUCCCUACUUAGCCCAGAAGAAUGGUGGUGGAGCAUUCUUAGUGCCCUACUUUAUAAUGUUGUGUAUACAGGGUAUACCAAUAUUUUAUCUAGAAUUGGCUAUAGGCCAACGUUUACGUAAGGGAGCGAUUGGUGUAUGGAGUCAAGUAUCACCGUAUUUGGGUGGCAUUGGCCUAUCGUCGGCCGUCGUCAGUUAUAUUGUUGCAUUGUAUUAUAAUACAAUUAUAGCAUGGUGCCUAAUUUACUUGUUGCAUAGUUUUGAAUCCCCACUGCCUUGGGCAGAUUGUCCAACACGUCUCUAUGCCAAUUAUACGUAUGAUCAUGAACCCGAAUGUGUGGCCUCAUCACCCACACAAUACUAUUGGUAUCGCACUACUUUACAAUGUUCGGAAAGUGUCAAUGAACCGGAAAACUUCAAUUAUCAUAUGGGUAUAGCAUUGAUUGUAUCAUGGUUUCUUGUUUAUAUUUGUAUGGUGCAGGGUAUAACAUCAUCGGGUAAAAUUGUCUAUAUGACAGCAAUAUUUCCAUAUGUUGUUUUGAUUAUAUUCUUCUUUCGUGGCAUCACAUUGAAGGGUGCCUCUGAUGGUGUCGCUCAUUUGUUCACACCUCGUUGGGAAACUUUAUUAGAUCCUGUUGUUUGGCUCGAAGCGGGUACGCAAAUUUUCUUUUCUUUGGGUUUAGCUUUUGGUGGUCUUAUCGCCUUUAGCUCUUAUAAUCCAGCUAAUAAUAAUUGUUAUCGUGAUGCCAUAUUGGUGUCUCUGACCAAUUGUGGUACAUCUAUGUUUGCUGGUGUUGUGGUUUUCUCCGUAAUUGGCUUUAAAGCUACGGCGACAUUUGAUCGUUGCACUGAGGAUAGAAAUCAUUUGAUCUCAUUAAAUAAGACAACAAAUUUACCGGUGUGUGAUUUGGAAAAGGAAUUAGCAAAUAGUGCAUCUGGUACCGGCUUGGCAUUUAUUAUCUUCACAGAAGCUAUUAAUCAAUUUCCGGGUGCACAGCUAUGGGCAGUUCUAUUCUUCUUAAUGCUGUUUACACUGGGUAUCGAUUCACAAUUUGGUACAUUAGAAGGCGUUGUAACAUCUUUAGUAGACAUGAAACUAUUUCCAAAUUUACCCAAAGAAUGGAUAAUUGGGGCUUUAUGUUUUUCCUGCUGUUUAAUAUCCAUGUCAUUCGCUAAUGGAGCGGGUAGUUAUAUAUUUCAAUUAAUGGACAGUUUUGCGGGAAAUUUUCCUUUAUUGAUUAUUGCUUUAUUUGAAUGUUUAUCAAUUAGUUAUAUUUAUGGAAUAAGAAGAUUUUCCGAUGAUAUAGAAAUGAUGACCGGUUCACGUCCUGGUUUAUAUUGGAUGUUUUGUUGGAAAUAUUUAUCACCUUGUGCCAUGAUUACCAUUUUAACAGCAUCAUUUUAUCAAUUGUUAACUGAAGGCAGUAGUUAUCCCGCUUGGAUAGCAGCCAAAGGCAUGACCGAGAAAAUGGAAUGGCCUCAUUGGUGUAUAGUUAUAGCUUUUAUAUUGAUAUUAUCUUCAAUAUUAUGGAUACCUAUUGUAGCUAUACUAAGAUUAUUCGGAAUUAAAGUGGUGGAAGACUCUGAUCCCGCUUGGUUCCCCGAGGCUGAACUCAAAGAAGUACAUGGCAUUGUGCCACAUGAACCUACUGACAUUGAAAGGACAAUAUUUUGUUUCAAUAUGGAUGGAACUGAGGGCAUGUGUUGUCCGAAAUAUGGUUUACCCGAGAAAUCUCUAGAGGAAGAAGAUGAAGAGUAAUUGCAAAAGUAAGUGUUCGAUUUUUAAUUAAAUGACAACAACAAUUACCUUAGUUAACUUUAAGUUAAACAAUAGUUUAUAAAACGAAUCUACUUAAAUAUAACAUUAUAGGCAAUAUUCGGGAAAGCAUAACAAAUUUAUAGAGACAUUACCAAACCCAUGCAUAUUUUAAUUUUAUAUACAUAUAUAUAAAAAAAGGAAAUCUCUGUAAAUACUCCUAAAACUUAAUACAACAUAUUACAUGAUGAUUGUUCUGUUAUACAUAUAUUUAUGAUAUGUAUGUAAUUAUACUAUUUAUAUUUAUUAUAUAAACUUUAUAACACUGUAUAACAGUUCCAAAUAUGAUUUAUGUUUAGAAAAAGCGAAAUAUUCCCAACAAAAAUAACAUCGCCACCGAUUUUAUUAAGUUUGUUUUUUACAAAUGUUGCAGGUAUUUUGAACUUGCUAUUGAGAGUUACUAGAUCCUUAGGUUUUCUUGUUUAUACCCAAACGUAUAGACUAUAAACCAGACUAUAGACUAGACUACACAGAGGGAAAAAUAAACAUACACUCCUGGUAUAUAAUAUAACAUUUAGAUUGCGACAACGAAUUGUUGAAAUUUAACAACGUUGUGUUGUCAAUAAUACAUAAUGUUGCGUGCGUACGUAUUUAUAUAUUUGACAACGGAUGUUAUUAAAAAAAUUGGUGUAGAUUUGUAUAUAUUUUUUUCCUCUGUGUAUAGACUAGA